AUGGUUGCGCCGGCGGGGCGGCGCAUCAACCACAGGUUCGAGUUUCAGGUGCAGGCCAUAAGCGCGGAAAAGCUGCCCUUCAUCCUUCACGCCGUCGUCGUCUUCACCACCAUCGCCCCUAUCACCGACGACGACGACGGCGGCGGCACCCUCCGCUACGACGACAACCUCUCCCGCCACAUCUUCAACGACCACGUCAGGGGCGUCAUCAAGCGCGAUACCCUCGCACUGGCGGCGUCCAUGACCAUGGAGGAGAUCUUCCGCGCCACCACCAGCUCGUCCAUCAACCCCCACCAGGACGCCGUCUUCGAGUUCGAGAACGUGCAGCUAGAGCUCAACAAGCAGUUGGGCCGCCUCAUCGUCUACGCGAAGCCGCAGUUCGUGGACGCGUCGUGGAACGUGGACGACUUCUCCUGCAUGGCCAUGGUGGCCGAGGAGGAGCGAGAGCGACAGGACGGAGCGGCAAGGCAAACGGAGAUGGUCCACGUCCAACAGGAGUUGCAAAGCAGCGAGCGGCCGAGCAAGAUCGAUGAAGUCAAGGAGUCGUCACGUAGCUGGGCCUGGCAAUCGCUGAAGCCCCUGCUUUUUCAGGUCAUCUAUGGCAAUGGUAUUGAUACCGCAGCUGUUCAGCUCGAACAGCGAAAGAAAAGUUGGCCCAACUAUACUCUGAAGGCCCUGUUGUUCGCUUGCGCCAUGUUGUUUUCCGCGUACAUGAAUCUUUCUUCAUCAACAUCAAUCACCAUCAAAAUAUUGUUUGUGCUUGACAUUGUGGUAUUCUUCAUCAUCGAUGGAGUACUCUACAUAAAUAUGCCUAAUUGGGGCAAUGCCUUGGUCUGCAUCUCAUGCCUCCUUCUACAAGUGGCCUUGUGCCUUCUAACUGUCCCGUUCAAUGGAUGCUACGCCUUCGCCAUCCUCGUCGUGGUGUUCCUGAUCCUUAUUGUUGCCCUCCUUCAACCAAAGUUGCAGCAUUCAGUAAACAAGUAUGUGCUGCCCUCCUUCAACACAGAUGCUGGCGAUGCACAGGGAGACAUCGGUGAUCAAGAGUACCUGAACCAUUUAUUCGACAUAUCAAAUGGCAUUGCCACCUGUGGCGGCCUGGUCACCGGGAUCAUGGGAUACUACUCCUACAUGGUAGGGCCAGUCACCGCAGCUGGGUUCUUGUUCUUCUCCACUGUACUUCUCGGGCUCUAUCUGAUGAUGGUCAUAGCGAUGAGAGCUGUGUCUCCACCCCAUGCCGCCUGCCUCGUCAUCGUGCUCAAGGCCCUCCUCCUGCUCACUAUCAUUACCGCCUCAAUCUCAUUUGUUCACCACUCAGUGACCAAUCCACAUGUUGCAAAGUAG